GUGGCAGGGCUCUGGAACGCAUAAGGAGGUGCUGCUUCACUUGCUGCACACCACACUUUCAGUUCUGGUCUCCAUCCUGCUGCCCUCAAGACAAAAUAAUGACUGCCUUCAAGGGCGUCUGGACUCAGGAGUUCUGGCGCUGUGUGGGUGCUGAGUUCUUCGCCAUGCUGCUAUUUGUCCUGCUCAGCCUUGGGUCAACCAUCAACUGGGGGGCUGCUGAGAAGGAUCCCCAUCCCCCUGACCUGGUACUCAUCUCACUCUGCUUUGGUCUGACUAUUGCCACCAUGGUGCAGUGCUUCAGCCACAUCAGUGGUGCUCAUAUCAACCCUGCAGUCACAGCAGCCAUGGUGGUGACCAGAAAGCUCAGUCUGGCUAAAGCUGUCUUCUUCCUGCUGGCCCAGUGUACCGGAGCCAUAGUGGGGGCUGCCAUUUUGUAUGGCAUCACCCCAGCCUCUGUUAGGGGUAGCAUGGGCAUCACCACGGUAAAUAUGAGCAUUUCUGUGGGAAACGCAUUGGUUGUAGAACUCUUCAUCACCUUUCAGUUGGUCUUCACUGUGUUUGCCACUUGUGACAACAAACGCAGUGACCUCAAGGGUUCAUCUGCUUUGGCUAUUGGCCUGUCUGUGUGUAUUGGUCACCUGUUUGCUAUUCCCUACACUGGAGCCAGUAUGAAUCCUGCCCGAACCUUUGGCCCAGCCAUGGUCACAUGGUGCUGGGAAAACCACUGGGUGUACUGGGUGGGUCCAACUCUGGGCGGGACUCUGGCUGGAGCUCUGUAUGAGUACCUAUUCUGUCCAGACCCAGAACUGAAGAGACGUUACUCUGAGGCCUUCAUCAAGACACCUUUCACUGCUAAUAAACUCCGGCAGGACUCAGUCACAGCCCAGGAGCCUCUUUUCACUGUCAUGGAUGUGGAGAGAGCUGAGAGGAAGGAAAGAGAGAGGGAGAGGGAGGUAUCGGGGGAUGUGUUGUCCUCUGUAUGACUAGGAGGGAACCAUGGAACUGAUGUCCAGUCUGCUGACCAACAGUCUGCUCUGAAGGAGACUGACUUCCUGUAGACUGGCACAGCGAACACUCACAAAUUACAGACAGGUAAAAACAAACAAACAAACAUUCAAGCAAGAUAAAAAUUACCAACAUGUUUUGGCCUGAAUUGGCCUUUUUUUUUUUGCCGACUCAGGCCGAAACAUGUUAUCUGUUCUAUGUGAACUAGCCUGUUUAAUAAAGCUUUUUAAUUGUCAGAGUGCCUUGGACCGCCUUUUCUUCUCCUUCGUCAUUAUGCUUCCUCGCCGAGGACCAAAGAGCACCUGCAGCUUUUAAAAUUUUUUACCUUUUUGAACGCCGCUGCACUCCUUCCUUUGUCUCUUCAAACAU